UCACCUGUCCGUGCAUGGAACACGGGGUUGGGCACAAGGUUGAUCCGUAGGGCAUUGGAUUUACUUCCGUAAAUAUUCCGUAAAUAUCGUAAAUAUAGGUAAAUAUUAUUCACCUGCACUAUAUUCGGCACAACAUUUUGUUCAGUGUGGAUAAUGACAGUUGAGAACUGUCACUUGUUUUUUUUCCUUCGUUUGCAAACUGUCACCGCUCCAAUAUUUUUCGAGCUUGAGGUAUUUUUUUUUUCACUUUCGGAACCGAUCCUCGCAACAACCUUCCCCGCAAUCCACCAACAAUCUGUGCAAGAAGCCCAGUGCGGAUCUGCGCUCCGACCCAGAAAUUGCCGACAAGAUCAUCGGCUGCCUCGGACUUGGAGUGAGUAAUCCUCCGAUCUUUUGCUUCAUUUCUAAUCGUUCCGCCUUCGCAGAUUUCACCGGAGGUCGAUCCGACGUGGCGGAUUUGCGCCGGCUGUGCCGAACGCGUCGACGCGCAGCAUGCCUUCCGGACGCGAGCCCUGCACUGCAAUAGUUACAUCGAGAACGGGCUGGAGGACAAGGAAGACGAGAACAUGUGCCGGUUCUGCUUGAAGAUUCCGGGCGGCGGCGGGAGCGUGGCGGAUGAGGUGCAAACGGUGCGGGAUUGUUUAGGGGUUGAGAUCAUCAGCUGGGACACGGUGACGAAGAUUUGUGGGGAUUGUGUGGGCGGUGUUGGCUGGAUUUCGGGCGGAAUUUUCGCCGACGGCCGUGCCGGUGAAGCUGGAGGACUUGACGGAUUCGUCGGAUUCGUACAGGACAGUUCGACGGCGGAUAACGGGGAAAAGCGGAAGGUCACGGCACGGUCGCAGCCGUGGAUUGGAAGUGACCACGAGGAUCGUAACUUUGACGUGCUGGAUGAAACGUACGAGGCGAUUGAGGUGGUCUUUGAGGAAUAUCCGUUCGAUCUUCGGUUGGUCUUGUCGGACGGGAGUUCGCUGUGGCAUUGUGUUCAGUGCAAGCUGCGAGGUUGUCGCGUGAAGCUGAAGAUUGAUGCGAAAGGAAUGUUGGCCACCUCCGGGGGAUCAAUCGACAAGAACAACCACAUGAACGAGAUGGACAAGCUGAUGGAGUUUCCGGAGGGGAAAGGGAUGGUUCACGCGGCUACGCGGCAUUCCGGAUGGUUCGCUGGAGGCAAUUCGUACGUAUCAGCGGACGACGUCGCGAGUUGCGAUUGAAAAGAGGGCCGAUCAAGAAGGUUACGUGAGUAACGGGACUCAAACGUCCAAGUUUAAAUGUUUUGACGGAGCGGAGAAUGAAGUUCAAGCGAAGGUGAAGGCCAAUAAUGUGGAUAUUUACAAAAUCCUCCAGCAGAAGGAUCCCGCGCGCAUCGUUAAGGUGCUUCUGCACAUGGUCAGACAAAUGACAAAUUCGGCAAAUAAAAACCGUACCGUACCGUUGUCUCAUGAUUAUUGUUUUUUU